AUGUCAGAUAUAUUUACGGACAUUGAGAUGGAUGAGCAAUACCAGGAGGAUGAUGACAUUAACCAACAAGAAGAGCUAGUUUGUGACCAAGAUAUGAUGGAUGAACAGAAUGAAUUCGAACAAGAUUUCGAAGAUGAAUUUACUGAGGAAGCAUAUUUUUUGAAUCUGAUCCCACGAGUGUUGAAGAAGUUGGAGGAUAUGCGGUUGAAGGAUCCACAAUUAUAUUUCAAGGCAUGUCGUGAUUCAAGAGAUUUGUUACGUAACUUGUUCUGGUCUGAUGGGAUUAGCAAACUAGACUACCAACUCUUCGGAGAUGUCAUUGCUUUUGAUACUACGUACAAGAAGAACAAGUAUAGUUGUCCAUUAGUCAUAUUCAACGGGGUUAACCACCACAACCAAAUAAUUAUUUUUGCUGCUGCGUUAAUUAUGGACGAAACUACUGAUACAUAUAUUUGGCUCCUGCGUCAUCUCAUAUUUGCCAUGAAGGGUAAGACCCCGACCUCAAUAAUAACUGACGGAGCCAUGACGAUUAGAAAUGCAGUAAGAGAUGUAUUUCCUAAAAAAAUCAUGUUGGGAGACUAUGAGAUUCCCGUGUUUAAGCAUAAAUGGGUUCAGCUUAUUGAAGAAUUUGGCCUUGAGGAUAAGCCUUGGGUGAACAACAUGUAUGAAGAGAAGCAUAUGUGGGCUACUGUAUAUAUAAGAGAGCAUUUUCAAAGGUGUGUUGCACACUUGAGCUUUAAAGAAUUUAAUGCUGAUUAUGAAUCUACACGUGAGGUACCCGUCAUGCAGACUUGUAUAGAGCUACUAGAGAGAUUUGCUGCUGAGGUAUACACUCAUGAGAUAUUUCUAUUGUUUCGGCUAUUUCUUUUUAGAGUUGGAUCAAUGCGGGUGCUAAACAUAGAGAAUAACAAUGAUUUCUCAAAGUACAUUGUGUGUAAGCAUGGGAGGCCUGAUUUUUUGUGGACCGUUAAAUUUUGUCAAGAAAAAAUGAUCUUCAUGUGUUCUUGUUUAAGAAUGGAGUCAUUUGGAAUUCCUUAUGAACGUAUUGUGAAAGUUCUGAUUGACAGAGACAUUUGUGAGAUUUUCCCAUCAUUAGUGUUGGAUAGAUGGACAAAGAAGGUGAAAUCAGCACUCAAUGAUGCAAGUGGGUUCACCAGGGAUGCUGUUGUUAUUAGUCGCCAAAGUGCCUUGAUGGAAUUUUCUAAACAAUUGGCUACUGUUGCUGCUAAAGUCCCUGAGAGAUUUGAAGAGACACGUGACAUUAUUAUGGGGUUGUAUUUAUCUUACAAGACUGUAGACGAAGGCACUACGCAACCUCAGUCAGGUGUAGCUAAAAGUAGGAAUCCGUAUGUGUAUCAAACCAAUAUAAGCUUAGGACAACCAUCUAAGAAGAAGCAGCAACGUAGUGUUUGUCAAAUGGAAGGACAUAAGAAGACAACAUGUCCUUGGCAAAAGGACAUUGACAACAAUGUUAUAGAAGAUUAA